GAGACCCUGCUCCUCCAUUUCCAUGCUUUCUGCUGCUGAGAGAGUCACCUAACAUGAGUCUCAAUUUCAUCUCCUAUGAAAUGUCUGUGGUUACAAAAGGUGGCGUUGAAUGGUGGGGAAGGAAGGGCUGUGGUUUAGGAAGUGCCAUGCAUUUCCUCCAGCACUGUAAGAUGGUUCAGUGUGGAGGCGAGUGUGCAACAGAUGAUCGCCUACCAACUCCGAUCUGUGAGGGGUGAAGGCAUAUAGUAAAUGCACUCGGAUGCUGAUAAGCACUGCAGAACUAGAGGAAAUCCUCAAAGAUUGCUCCUCAAGAUCCCUGAGUUUCAGGUCAUCUGGGCCACAUGGGGCAAAAUGAUAAAGAUACUUCAUUCUAAGAUUGGAUUGAGAGCCUGAAGAUGGGACUGAAGAACAAUUUGAGAAGAUAAUUACAUUGUGCAGCAUCACCUCCCUGUCCUUUUCUUAGCCCAGUAGCCUUGCUAGGCUAAACCACCAAGAAGAAUUGGGGCUGGUUGGUUUGAGAGUGUCUUACAGGAUAUCCACAACAAGACUUCUCUGAGAUGUGUAAUGAAGAUCAUACUGAAAUAUGAAGUCCAUAUUUAGAUGGGCAUUAUUAUUAAACAGCUGGUGGAGUACUAUAAAUCUACACAAUGGGCUUCGAUCUGCCAUCUGGUCAUUCCUAAGCACAGGUGUGCAUAAGGCUUUCCCUCAUCAGGCUGACGAUGGCUCGCUUCACACAUACCACUCAAGACUUCUGUGCAGUAUAAAAUAGAAGAUCAAAAGCAGGGUUGACUCUUUUCUGAAAAAGUUUGGUAAGGCCAGGCAUUUGAACACUGAGUCACAUGCACCAGAACCAGGCACAUGGAGGACAGCUGACUCCACAGAACCAGGGACUUGGACUUUAAAUGAGCUUUGCCUGCAUGGAGAUAGCCUGCCAGUCUCCUAUCCAACCGUUUUGCAAUGGAACGAAUAUGGUUGCUGUUGCUUCUAGCAAUUGGAGUGCUUCUGGGGUCUGCUCAGUUUAAUGGCUACAACUGUGAUGCCAACCUCCACAGCAGAUUUCCUGCUGAAAGAGACAUCAAUGUCUACUGUGGGGUGCAAACCAUUACAAUGAAGAUUAAUUUUUGCACUGUACUUUUCUCGGGUUAUUCUGAAACUGAUCUGGCCCUGAAUGGAAGGCAUGGGGACUCCCACUGCAGGGGCUUCAUCAACAACAACACCUUUCCUGCAGUCGUCAUUUUCAUCAUCAAUCUUAGCACCUUGGAGGGCUGUGGAAACAGCUUAGUGGUAUCCACAAUUCCAGGAGUCAGUGCUUAUGGAAAUGCAACUUCUGUCCAAAUAGGAAAUAUUUCGGGAUACAUUGAUACUCCAGACCCACCAACAAUCAUCAGCUAUCUACCUGGGCUUCUUUACAAAUUUAGUUGUAGUUACCCACUGGAGUACCUGGUUAAUAAUACCCAGCUUGCCUCGUCCUCAGCUGCUAUUUCUGUGAGAGAGAACAAUGGUACGUUUGUCAGCACUUUGAACCUGCUCCUUUAUAAUGAUUCAACCUACAGCCAGCAGUUAAUUAUCCCAAGUAUAGGAUUACCUUUGAAAACCAAAGUAUUUGCAGCUGUACAAGCCACUAAUCUGGAUGGCAGAUGGAAUGUCUUAAUGGAUUAUUGCUACACAACACCAUCAGGGAACCCAAAUGAUGAUAUUCGAUAUGAUCUCUUCCUUAGCUGUGACAAAGAUCCUCAGACCACCGUCAUUGAAAAUGGCAGAAGCCAGCAGGGCCGAUUUUCCUUUGAAGUGUUCCGAUUUGUGAAACACAAGAAUCAGAAAAUGUCUACCGUCUUCCUGCACUGUGUUACCAAGCUCUGCAGAGCUGAUGACUGCCCCUUCCUUAUGCCUACUUGCGGCCACAGAGAAAGAAGAGAUGCGGGGAGGAGGACCACUUGGAGCCCCCAGAGCACGUCUGGAAGCGCCGUCCUCUCUGCUGGUCCCAUCAUUACUCGGAGUGAUGAGACUCCAACCAACAAUUCGCAGCUUGGUUCUCCAAGUGACCCUCCUUUCCAGCUGAACACCGUUACCAGUGCACUGAUAUCAGGAAUGGUCAUUCUGGGAGUCAUGAGCUUUUCCCUUCUCUUGUGCUCACUGGCCCUUCUACACAGAAAGGCACCCACCAAUUUAGUGUUGAAUGGCAUAAGAAACCCAGUCUUUGACUGACUGUAACAGGUCCCUCCUUUUGGGAAAAGGAUUCACUGACCAUACCAUGGGUGACUUGUCAGUGUUUCAUCCAUUGAAUGCCAGCCAGCAUUUGGUAUUUAUAGGUUUGAUAGAUUUCACAGUGUAGCUCAUUAGCAUGAUGAUAGUGAGAGAAUUUUGAUGGUAUUGUUCUUGUCAUUUAUGUAUGUGGUCAGCCCUAUUUGUUUGGCACCAAUGGGUAUAAUGACAAUAAGCAAACAAUAUUCAGGACUUAGAUCUUACAGGAUCAGUCACAUUUCAUUUUAUUUCAAUUUUCUUUUGAUUUUUGGUUGUUACAGAGAUAAAAGGUGGGCGUAGAAAAAAAUACAUUUGUUGCAUUCCCCCCCUCCCCGUAAGUGUUAAAACCUGAUGUAAUAGCAUUUAGAGUUGUAUAUGUGGUCCUAAAAUGAAAGUCACUCUUUUGUUUUAUUCCAGAUAAUUCCAGCUUGGGGAUAUGUUUUAAUUGGACUGGCCAAUUUGGACACUUGAGAUUUAAUUACUUAUUCUAUGACCUGUGUUUUUGGCUGAUUUCCAUGUCUGAUGACAUUCAUUAAAAAACAAAACAAAACAAAACAACAAACUCUUGGGAAAUGUAUCUUAACCUGGACCAUCUACUUGUGUAGCAAAUAGUAAAAAUAGUCAUUAACCUCUGAAAGAUACUAAGUGACCCUAGAUCAUUAUUCAUUUGUAUAGGAGUGACUAUGAUCAGUUUUCUCCUGGUUCAAGUGAGAACAUUAGCACAUGUUGACUCUCCUCCCAGGUAAACCGCUCAGCUGCUUUUGCGAAAGCAAAAGCACUACUAUUUCUAGUAGUGAGGCAACUGCAAAGGUCUUUCUUCUUUCAAGAGCCAUUACAUAGGAGAACAAACCAUAGUUGUGGGAGAGGACACUGUCCCCACACAUACGUGUAGUGUUCCCAUAGGGGUUUUUAACAACCUAGUUUCCCUUUUUUUCCUAUGACAAAGAGGAAACAGGCUAAGUGUGUUUUGCAGAACGUUGUUGCUGUCUCUAUGAAAAAAUGUCCUUUUCUUACAAAUUUUUGAUGCUGGCUAAACAAAGAAUCUGGAGGAGUCUAACUUGUUAGGGUGUCUUCUUGAAAGUAUCAUGUUCACCAUGGAAUAAACAGUAUUUUCCUAUAUAGUAAGCUGCAAGAAGUAUCUGGUCUUUUAUUAGUUUUGCAAAAAGUUUUUAAAAGCCAAGUUUAAGCAGACUGUUCUUACAAAAAAAAAUUAUCCUUCCUUUUCUUCAGCCUAUCUACACAACUGAAUAGAACAAUUCAGCGACAACCAUCAAAAUCUAGCACAUGGCUACUACAUGUGUUAUGUUACCUGUAACAACUGCUGUAGAGACUAAUUUAUAUUCAACAUUUGUGAUCCAUUAUUCAGAACUUAAUUUAGUAUCCUAUAUGCAAAUCGCUAUGCAAUUUUAAAUUUGUUUCAAAUGAAGUAGCUAUGCUCUGAAGUUAAUAAUUAAAUCAAUCAUCAAAUGAAAAACACCUUUUCUCCAAUUUGCCUGAACAGAUUAGAAGAAAGUGUUUAUAUUAUAAUAAUUAGCUAUAUGAUUGCCUCAACUUUCUCUUUCAAUGUUUAGAUACAGUCAAAGUGAAAUAGGUCCAGAAAGUCUUUGGAUAAUUUAUUCAAUAUUAAAAAGUCUAACACUUAGAAAGCCAACUUCCUCUUCCCUGUGUUACUUCAAAAUCCCUUUGAAGUGACCAUUCUGAACUUUAUCUGUAUUAAGAAUUUAUUUUCUACUUUAAAUGGAAAAAUCCUACAGAAAAGAAAAAGUACGGACCAUGUGUGCUACUUAUGUGAUCUUAUAUGCACAUGGGUAAUUAAAAUAGUUGAGUAGAUCUAUUUCAGAUACUUUAAGUGAAUUGCCAUUAAUCUGAGGAUUAAGUCCUGUGAAUAGGACGUUAUCAUUGAAACCAGCUGGUCAGUUUGAUUUUGUGUUUUUGGGAACUGUUUCAGGUCAGUGACCUUUUACAUUCUAUAUACCACUUUUUAAAAUUGAAUAAUGGACACAUCAUUUUGUAAGCAACUUACAUCUCAGAUUAUUUUUUUUUUGCCUUCCUGUCACUAUAAAUGGGAGAAUCAGAGCUAUAAUGAGACAAACCAUGUUUGUUUUAUAUAGUUUUGUUCUUAUCAACCUGCAAUUAUGUGUAGUAUUUAGUUGUGCUGAAUAUUUUGGGUUACUAUAGUGUGAAAGCCUUACAAAAUAUGUGCAAAUGUUCCUUCAGUUUUAAUACCUCAAACUGUUUUUGUUUUGUUUUGUUUUGUUUUGGCACUUCAGGGUUAGUUAGGUCUGAUGACAUGUAAA